AUGCUCGCCUACAUCGCCGGAUUCGCCUUUGUCGUCCUCACCUCUGCCGGAUCAGCUCAAUUUGGAUGCGCGACCGGAUCGUCUACUGGACCUUGUGAUAUGGGACCUUGUAUUGGCGAGCAAAUUUGCGUCACCCUGUCCGAUGGUUCGCUCGGAUGCUGCCCGGGCGACAAUCUGACCUUCAGCUGCCCGACUGUCGCUACUUCCGCUACUGCGUCAAUCUGCGUCGAUCUGCUCAACCCGGUCACCGGAGUCUCGGACUGUCCGUCUCGCUCCUCGCUUUGCACCGAUGCCACCUACUUGAGCGUCAUGCAAGUGCAGUGCAGGAAGACGUGCGGAUUCUGCGGCAGCUCCGGAAGUGUAACGGUCUCCAGCUGCAUCGACCAGGUCAACUUGGCCACCAGCACCUCCGACUGCCCGGCCCGUGUAUCCCUCUGUAACGACUCCGCCUACUCUUCCCUGAUGCGCACGCAAUGCCCCAAGACUUGCGGAUUCUGC